GAAAAACCACAUGACAUGGUUUGGGGGAGGGCGAGGUGACAGAGAAAGUAAAGGGUUGGUGGGGGAUGGGCAAUGAAUCUUCUAGGAAUUGUCCAGUAACAGCUCAGAAAGGAGCCCAGUAAACUAGAGAGAAAGAGUUUGUGUCCGGGACCCCACCCCACCGGCUGUUGCUUGGCUUGCCAGGUUGGGGGGCGACAGAGUUAUUUGGCUUUCUCUAUUCUAUCCUUGGCAAAGCCCGGACAGUGACGCUGCCGCCCUUUCCUUCCUCUCUCCCUCCUUUUUUUUUUUUCCUCCCCGCCUCCCUGCAGACAGGAGGAGGGGAGAUGGGAGGAGUGAGCGAGCUGGGCAGAGCUGGAAACUGGGCACUGCACACAGUGAGAGAGCAAGAGAGCUAAGCGCUGGGGAACUGGGCGGCCAACGCUCGGAGCUGCCGAUGCUACUGUUGCCUUCAGCCGCUGCAACACCUGAAAUAGACGCGAAAGGACACUUCGCCACCUUUUAUCACCUUUCGCAGCUGCUGCAUUCCUGACGGUACUUCCCAACCAAGCAGCCAGAUUUGGGGGGUGGGGUAAAGGAGACAGGAACUCUUAUAGGAUUGUAACUCUUGCAGGAUUGGCUUUUUAUUUUUUAAACUAUUUUAGUGGACUUUAAUUUUAUUUUGUGCGUGUUUUCGCCCUACAUCUCACCGGAAGCGGUGUUACAUCGUCUCCUAACCCCAGAGGGGGCCAGAGUUGCUGGGGGCCAGAUCUGGUAGUGGCUCCCCUGGGCAUGGCUUCAGCUGGCAGCGGCAUGGAGGAGGUGCGUGUAUCGGUGCUGACCCCUCUGAAGCUAGUGGGGUUGGUAUGCAUCUUCCUGGCUCUGUGUCUGGAUCUGGGAGCGGUACUGAGCCCGGCCUGGGUCACAGCGGAUCAUCAAUAUUACCUGUCCCUGUGGGAGUGCUGCCGGAAACCCGCCAACGUAGACAUCUGGCACUGCGAGUCCACUCUGAGUAGCGACUGGCAGAUUGCUACACUGGCCUUACUCUUGGGUGGUGCUGCCAUCAUUCUUAUUGCCUUCUUGGUCGGUUUGAUAUCAAUCUGCGUGGGAUCUCGGAGACGUUUCUAUAGACCAGUUGCAGUUAUGCUUUUUGCAGCAGUUGUUCUACAGGUGUGCAGCCUUGUCCUCUACCCAAUCAAGUUCAUUGAAACCGUGAGCCUGAAAAUUUACCAUGAGUUCAACUGGGGUUAUGGCCUGGCUUGGGGUGCAACUAUAUUUUCAUUUGGGGGUGCCAUCCUUUAUUGCCUGAACCCAAAGAACUAUGAAGACUACUACUAGAAACAACAGUCUCCAAAGAAAAUAUAAACAAGGGAUUACUACAUCUUUUCUAACUUAUGAUUUUCUAGAACACUUGUGGAGCAUCAAAGCAGUUUGAUCUGUUGACUUACAAUCUUCUGCCCUUUGGCUGCUGACAUUAUAAACAGCUUUUACAUAUGUUUUGGGGACCUGCAGAAAUUAGGAGAGCUGAUUAAACCCAAGCAAAUGCUGCAAGCUUCCAAUAUGUUAACGUCAUUUUACUUAACAAGUGAAAGAUUUAUGUGACAGACCAUUGUUUGAAAAAUAGUGGGAAAAAAUGCCCACAUCUCCUUUUGCCUGCAGGGGAGCAGCUGGCAUAAGCUCCAUUUCAAAGUUUCUUAACAAGGACAAGGAUUCAGCUGUCAAUAGUCUUCUUUUGCAAGCUUAUCCUAAGCAGUCACUGCAUUGGUCCUUGGUCACUCGCUUAAUAAUUUCUUGAAGAAUGAUCUUCCCUUUAGUAUAUAAUGGGAGUAGUGAAUGUGACUGGUUAAUGACUCAAAUUCCACAUUCAAGAAUCUUCUAAGUGAUGGGAGUUUAUGCAUUAGCAAUCAGCAUCUCCCUGCUAGUUGUGGCAGAGAAGAAAAGUCAAGACUUGGAGACAUUUGCUUUUAAUUAUGUGGGUUAAGAGUUGUGCCUCUGCCAUAACUAGCAUAAGGGGAAAAUGGAGGGCCUCUCCUUUUUUCCCGGGCAAGCAGAAAGGGAAAAAAUGCAUGUGUUGCAUUUGUCCUAAAUAAUUUCUCAAUCAUUUUACAAAGAUCGCAGUAAAGAAAUGUGCACAUAUAACAAGUCUAAUUCUUUUUAUAGAAGGUGAUCAUUUAGUACAAAUUGCAGUGAUACAUAUCCCGACUCCCUUGCACAUGACAUCUAUUACAUAUAAAACCCAAUAUUCCCUGUAGCAAAGUGGUUUGAGCACUCACCUUGUGCACCUCGUUAACCAUCUUAGGCUGGUAUCCCCCUCUUAGCUGACAUGCCAAAAUACAUCUACUUAAGUUAUUUGCUUAAGCAUUUGCUCCCUUCAGGAUGUCAUUUUCAGGGGAAUUUUCAUUGACACAUAUGAAAAAAUGUUAAACUGAGAUGUGGUGAAUUCUAAAAUGAUGUCCUAAAGUCAUUCAAGCAAGAGUAGGUAUUAGGAUUAUAUUUUUUUUUUCAUUGAAGCCCUUAAAAAUAGAAGCUGCUCUUUUAAUUUUAGGAACCUCAAAUACCUAGGUGCUUUUGUUUUUUAAAAAGCAGAGAGAAUUAAAUAUAUAUACACAUAUAUGUACAUAUAUAUGUAUAUACAUAGUCUGAGAAUAGAGGACUAGGGUUCAUCUGAUAAUUACAUUGUCCUCUGAAUGUAACCAAUUGGCUGAUGAUUUCAUGCCUUCAGCUAUUCUAACGUGUUUAAAGUGCCCCGAUUUCAAAACUUCAUAGAUUGUUUAAGUUAAGGGAAGUGCCAAUGGAAGAAAGUGUAGAUUUGCAACAAAGUUCGUGUUGCAAACUGCUAUGUUUAUUUCUGUUUAAUGCUUUCUAAUUUGGGUACUUAAAUUAAUUAUGAACAUAUUUUUAUAUCACAUAUACAGUUCUAAUAUAAAAGUUAAAAUACUUAUUUUUGUUAACAAAGACAUGGAAAUGAUAUAUCCUGGUUGGCCCUCUUGCCGGAAGAGACAAUGAAAAUCCUUUAAAAUGCUCUAGUGUGCUGUUGUGUUCCUGAUUCCACAGAGGGACUGCAGAAUCCAUUAACAGCAUGACUACAUCUCUAGUAUUAAAUGCAUUGGUCACAGCUCACAAAACAGGGCCCAUGCUUUCCAGCUUGUCAUUGUUUAAGCACUGUUGCCAAAACAACAAAAAAAAAAAAAAACCCACCCACCACAGCUCUCUACUUUCCUGUUUAAAUACAGAAACUCUGUUUGUUGAAUUCUCCAGUACACAUCUUGUAGAAACACAGAUGAAAUAAGAAAUGGGAAGCGGAAGGCUCUGCCUUAGUUUCAGCAAAAUCAAACCAACUGGUUAAAAGUGCCUGAGGAUGUUAUUCUUUGGAAAAUGUGUGUUUCUGUGAAGGAUUUUUAAGAGAUGGGAGGAAAUUUUUACUUGAUUUCCAUGAAAGGCAUUCAAAAAUCUUUUGAACCAGUUUUCUCAGAAAUACUAUCUGUGGCAUAGACAGCUUUACAGCUAAUUAGAUAUCAUCAUUGAGCAGCAUGAAGAACACAAAUUUUGUAGCGUUACUUAGGCUACUCAAUCCCCCUCUAUUGUGAGAGGAUGCCUUUAUUACUCUCAAAUGACAGAACAGUCCUGUGGUGCUGGCAUCAAUCAAUAAGGCAAUUGGUCAUCCAAGAGGAUACAGUGUGCUGUUAUACCAAUAUCAAAUCUAUACUUCUUAUCAAGUGUUCAUUCUCUGUCAGUAUGAUGAGCAAAAAUGACAGAGAACAUGUGUCAUGGGCUAAUUCAUGCAUAAUUUCAAAUUACUUGGUAGAGUUUUCUAAUAUGGUAUUUUACAAUGUAUCUUCCCAGUGAAGAGCCCUGUGUUCUAUUUCUACCACUACCAACAUUUGGAAAUGUUUUAGUACUGACCCACAAGUUCAGUGCAAAAUACAAAACCUUAAGGUUUCUAUGCACCCAAUAUGAUAUGCUUAUGUUUCAGAAUAAAUACAACAAAAAUACUUAUCUACCUUAUUCAUAUCUUAUUUUCUCUUAGAAGCAGAAUUAUUUCCUUUGCACAAAUCCAUUGUUUAUCUUCCAGUUUCAUGCAUGUGCACAUGCACACACUCACACAUUGCACACACACACACACACACACACACACACACACACACACACCCCAAGCAGGGCUAGUUAUUUGUAUUUCUAAAGCUUAUCCUAUUCCGUCCGGUGCUGACCUGUACAAAGCACCUCUCUUGGAUUUCUUGCACAACUAUGUUUUAGCUUUUGUAAUUUCAACAUGUAAAUUUUAAAGACAUAAAUAUAGAGAGACUUAUGUAUUUGAAAUAUAAAUGAUAUAUAUGGACUAGCAUGUAACUGUAUAUUAUUAAACAUGCAAUGAAAUGACUGGUAAGUGAAGUCUAAUCUUAUGACUAGCGAUGUAAUUUAUUCAGACCGUAUUUUUGUACAGAACUGUGCACACUAACCUAUUGCCUCUGUGUCCUCUUUAAUGCCUAAAACUGUGCCUAGAGAUUUCAUCUGUCUUUAAAAAAAAUUAAAUUUAUUUCAUGCUGUUAAUGGUA